AUGGCCAAUUCCAGCAGUUCUGGAAGUGAGUCAUCGGACUCAGGCAGCUACGAGUCGUCCAGUGAAGACGAGCUCAUUCUUCAGCCUGUUUUCUUGACAAAAUCGCAAAGAUCGAAGAAAACAGAAAGUGAAGAUAAUGAAAAUCGCUCUAAGCAAGCUUUAUUAUCAAAGAUCGACAACAACAUUAGCAACAGCAUUAACGAUCUCACAGUAGAUUCAGAGACGUUAUACGACGGCAUAGACGAUACAGACGAUCUAGAUCCAGAAAAGGAGUACUCUGACUGGAAGGAGAGAGAAUUGGCCCGUUUCAACAGAGAUAGAUUAGCAUGGCAAUUGGAAGAACAAGAGCAAGAUGAAAAGAUACGAAGACAGCAACUCACCGAAGAAGAACUCCAACAGAGGUUUGAAGACAAGAAAUUACAACACAAAGAAACUACAGGCAUUUCAGCUGCCGUCUCUAAUGUCACAGUAGGAACGGCUGGAACAAGCAAGAUAUACCAUAAGGGAGCAUUUUACCACGAUGACGAAGAUAUCGAUAAGCUUCUCAAGAGAGACUACGCACAAGUAGACGAGGACAACAAAAAGGAUCAUCUGAGACCAACGAAGUUGAAGUUUAAGAAGACACAUUCAAAUUAG